CGGAUGACGACCAAUCAUAAUAGAUCACUGAAGUAAUUCAGGUGACUUAAAAAAUGGACAAAGACAAUCAAACGCCUGCUUUGUCGUCGCUGUUGUUUUCUUAGGCUUCAAUGAUACCGUGUUCAUAUGUCUUACCCUCUAAAGAAUAUGAAAAUCGGUCAGCGGUCGAGCAGACAAUAGAUGUGGCAUAAUAAAACCCGAGUAAUAAUACCUGUGGAAACACGUAGACACCGUUCGGAAUGCACUACGUGGGUAUUUAUACACCAGUUCGUACCUUUAACUGUUUCACGGAUUGAACACCAAUUAUUUUGAACACAGCUACCUAAAUUUUAAAGUUAUGAUGAGUCUGUAAUACAGGAAUGAAUUAACGCCAUGAGUCGUAAACAAGAAACCAUAGCAAUUAUUAAACAGCCAGAGACGAAACCCGUCGUCCCCGGUUUCCAUGAGUGGCCGGUCCACACGGACUGUCCACACUGUGACAGCUCCAUACUGACCACUUUGGAGUACCGGCCAGGGACUCUCACGUGGAUCAUGUGCUUCUUUCUAAUGUUCAUCGGGCUCUUCCUGGGCUGCUGUUUUAUCCCCUUCUGCUUGGAUGGCUGUAAAGACAUUGCUCACAUGUGCCCCAACUGUAAAAACGAAAUCGGCAGAUAUUACAGAAUAUGAUAUAGUGCAGUAGGCGUGGAUAACAAUUGAAUGUGCCAAAUCUUGUAGUCUGUGUAUAUAGUAUGUGUAUACAAAGUGUGUGAUACAUCGCCCGGGACAGCAUGGCCAGUCCGAAGCUAGAGUUAAUGAUCUUCAUGUUCAGAAAGCCGUCCAUUAUAGCUGUAUUUCAUAACAUUCAAGUGGAAACACUGACGCUGUACCAGGAGUUUUAAUUGAUGAUUAAUGAUCAUGCUGAUGAUUGUAUGAUGGAUAUGUUACCGGGAUUAUGAUACCGUAUCUGUAUUAAUAGCACCAUUAUUUUGGUACUGUGAUUAUGAUGUCAUUAUCAUGAAUAAUAAAUGUUGUAUGUUAUUACUAUGUACUAGAUCCUGUUAACGUGAUGAUGAUUGUGGUAAUGUGAUUAUGAUUGUGGUGUUGUGAUUAUUAUUGUGGUAUUAUGAUUAUGAUUGUGGUAAUGUUUAUUAUGAGUGUGGUAUUAUGAUUAUGAUUAUGGUAAUUUGAUUAUAAUUAUGGUUACGUGAUUAUGAUUAUGGUUACGUGAUGAUGACUGUGGUAAUGUGAUUAUGAUUGUGGUAAUGUGAUUAUGAUUGUGGUAAUGUGAUUAUGAUUGUGGUAAUGUGAUUAUUAUUGUGGCAAUGUGAUUAUGAUUGUGGUAAUGUGAUUAUGAUUGUGGUAAUGUGAUUAUUAUUGUGGCAAUGUGAUUAUGAUUGUGGUAAUGUGAUUAUGAUUGUGGUAAUGUGAUUAUGAUUGAGGUAAUGUGAUUGUGGUAAUGUGAUUAUGAUUGUGGUAAUGUGAUUAUGAUUAUGGUAAUGUGAUAAUGACUGUGGUAAUGUGAUUAUGAUUGUGGUAAUGUGAUUGUGGUAAUGUGAUUAUGAUUAUGGUAAUGUGAUAAUGACUGUGGUAAUGUGAUUAUGAUUGAGGUAAUGUGAUUGUGGUAAUGUGAUUAUGAUUAUGGUAAUGUGAUAAUGAUUAUGGUAAUGUGAUUAUGAUUAUGGUAAUGUGAUUGUGGUAAUGUGAUUAUGAUUAUGGUAAUGUGAUUAUGAUUGAGGUAAUGUGAUUGUGGUAAUGUGAUUAUGAUUGAGGUAAUGUGAUUGUGGUAAUGUGAUUAUGAUUGUGGGAAUGUGAUUAUGAUUGUGGUAAUGUGAAUAUUAUUGUGACAAUGUGAUUAUGAUUGAGGUAAUGUGAUUGUGGUAAUGUGAUUAUGAUUGAGGUAAUGUGAUUGUGGUAAUGUGAUUAUGAUUGUGGUAAUGUGAUAAUGACUGUGGUAAUGUGAUUAUGAUUGAGGUAAUGUGAUUGUGGUAAUGUGAUUAUGAUUAUGGUAAUGUGAUUGUGGUAAUGUGAUUAUGAUUAUGGUAAUGUGAAUGAGGUAAUGUGAUUAUGAUAAUAAUUAUUAUACUAAUAUCUUCUACAGAUUUAAAACGUGUGAAUCUUUCUUUAUUGCUCAGAGUUGUAAUAGCUAACAUGAAGGUAGGGUCUGGAAAACUGUGAUAUCAGCGACUUAGUAAACCUUCACUUUAUUCUCAUGGCAGGGAUCUGGGACUUAAACUGCUCAUAACUAAAUAUGUGUAUUCUGACCGUGGUUUGAUUGUAUGAUUGUUUUGCGACUAGUAUUCUUCAUGCAUAUGUAAACAGCAAAUGCCUAUCAAUAUUAAAUACUAUAAGAACAA